UCCACGUGCCUCCGUUUUCGCUGUGCCCCGGAAAAGUCCGAUUUCCCUCGAUCAUCAUGCGUCAGAUGUGAACAUAUGAAAAUAGCCUCAGUGCAUUCUGGUCCAUCAAGACAAUGUGAAUGUCGACGCGUCAUUGUUUUUAUUUACGUUCCCCAAUAUUUCCACAAGUGUCAAAUAAAAAAUUGAAAAAUGUCCGAGAAGAAGCCGAAGUUAUUAGUAUUUGAUUUAGAUUACACUUUGUGGCCAUUCUGGGUGGACACUCAUGUCACUCCUCCAUUCAAAAAAGGGAAGAAUAAUGCAAUAGUCGAUGCCCACGGACAAAAUAUCCGCUACUACGAGCAGGUGCCUGAUGUACUAAAAAAAUUACACGAUGAGGGAUACGAGCUUGGAGUGGCAUCUCGAACUUCGGAGAUAAAAGGAGCCUUCCAACUGUUAAAUCUAUUCGGAUGGGAGAAGUACUUCAAGUACAAGGAGAUAUAUCCUGGAUGCAAAGUGUCUCACUUCAACAAGAUCCGCAAAGCCUCCGGAGUCGACUUCGAGGACAUGAUAUUCUUCGACGACGAGCACAGAAACAUUCGCGAUCUGACAGAAGCUGGGGUGCUUUCAAUUCUAGUUAAAAAUGGAGUGACUCACGAGGUGGUAAAAGAGGGUCUAGACAAAUUCGCAAAGAAAUAGAUAAAUUAAUUAUUUAUUUAAACUAUUAUAAUAAUUUUUCUGAGGGGUGGCAACAAUCAGUCUUCUCCAUACAUGAAAACAUUUAUUGAAAAAAUCUAGCAUUUCCCUUGAGAAAUUCUAUCGAAGUUCUUUUUAAAUUCCUGCAACUUUCUCGAUUUUCCUGUAAAAUUUUUUCAUAUAUGUUUGUUAACGUGAAUAUAAUACUCUAGUGGACUCUGAACAACGACAUGACUCUUAUCAUCAUUAGUCGCCUGCAGGAAUAAUCCACAGGCAGCGCCUGCAUUUUCGCCCUUCAAUUUGAUCAAUUCCCGUUGAAUAUCGUCGUCAAUCAGACAAGAAUUAAAAACAUCCUUCAACUGCUCAUUAUCUAGAAUCUUGAAAGGGCAACCGCCUUCGUACCUCGGUCCAGGGUCAGCAUUCUGAAAAAGAUAAAUUACAAAUCAUUCCUGACCAACUGAUUGAAACAGAAUGAUUAAGUCCACUCGAAGUGCAUGUAAACAAAAAAUGUGCAGAAUUAUAAUGAUUCGAGGAGUGUAAAUAAAGCCCGAGAACUCACGAA